AUGGAGCUGCUCCUGGAGCUGGUAUUGCUAGUGAAAAAGAAGCCCGAAGGCCGACAACUGUGGGAAGAUUUUGUGCUCAACGAAGCUGUUGAAAUUGUUGAGCGCCAAAGGCCACCUAGUGGAAAUUAUCCUAAAGGCCUUUUUCAAAGCAGUAAUACAAUUACCUCGGACUUUCUAGACGAGAAGACUCAGCAAACAUACAUAAAUGUACUCACCAAAGAUGGGAUGCCAUUUCUAUAUUCUCUUGUCUAUCGUGUUCUAUCAAAAUCGAAUGAUGUUGAAGCAUAUGCUCCAGUCGAUGGUCAUGAUCAGAUCACAGCUGAUUUCGAUAACGAUGAUGAGGAAGGCCUCAACAUGGAAGAAAUCGCUUAUGGCCACGUUCCGUUGUCCGAAAUGCAUAGAACUAGGCGUUUUAAGAGUAUCUCCACACUUGUGUGUGGCAUGAUUGCCUUUGCAAGGAACCGUCGACACAACGGGAUUCAAAUCAAGAAUGCCCUUCAGCUUGUUUCCUGCGGCGUCACUGACCGGGUGAACCAAUUCUUAAUGUAUCAUGGCUUGGUUUGUGGUCAACGGACCGCUAUGGCAGCUCUCAAGACCCUAUCUUCAAAUGCGGAAGCUGGAAUCAAGAAUUUUUUUUCAGAUACUUUCAAGAACUUGCCCAUUGCCCCAAUAAUAUGUAUUGACAAUCUAGAUAUUGAAGAGAGGGUUCAUACUCAUGCCGUCGGAAACCGUACCCGCACAUUCCAUGGAACAUGGGGCUAUUUUCACUUGCCACCUCAAGACCUAUUGGACACUCUCGAUAUAUCAGAAAUCACUCUGGAAAAAUUUAACGAGGCCAUGCGAAAAGUACCAACAUUCUCAAUCCAGCCAUCGAUGUUCAUGCCCACACUAGAAUCGGAAGAAAAUUACAAAUUGGUCUGGAAGAGUCAAAUUGCUCGUGUCAUGAAUCAAUAUGUAGCUGCACCUCACGAUUACUCCUCAGCGAUAAGUCUCAACCCACCUGUGGUUGAGCAGAUAUCAAAGACUCCGCCAAACAUCCAAAUGCUCAAAUUAAUGGAUGCCUCUGAAAACAGUGCCGAUGGGAUCAGUAAGGUACUCGACUCGGUGGUUAAGCAGACUGGGUUGUCACCCGAGGAGUUCUUUGGGAAACUCAUCCUUAUGGAUGGCGAUCUUGCUACGUGCCGAAAUUUCAACAGCCUUCGGUCUAUGCGUAUACCAAGUAAAUAUGCGAAACAUGGGCUGAAUAACAUUUCUUUUCAGCUUGGUGCUUCACACACCCUUUGGAAUAUCGCACAUUGCAUCUUCAAAACUCACUUCGGCGAUCCAAAAAGCUCCUCAGAUACAGGUGCUUGGCGUGUCUUACAUUCUCUUGGUGUUCCCCACCAAAAGGCGAUGACCAAGAAAGACUUCUCUUUAAUGAUCAAGUAUAUGGAGCAAGUUCAUGAGGCUACCAUAUUAUAUGGACUCAAGGUUAUCAUGGGCACCGAGUCUGAGGCACUUAUCGACUUCGAUGAUGCAAACCCUAAGCCAAAGAUCAAAACAGAAAAAUGGAAUAGUAUCAUUAAUCAAUUCUACAAUCGAUUUUGUACUGCUGAGGCAAGAGCAGAUGCUGGUGGAGGCAAACAGAGCAAUGAAAGCAGGGGAUAUCGGUCGCUUGAUGGAUGUGUGGAAGAUGUGGGCGGUCAUGAGCCAAGGAUUGAAAGGGCUCAAUAA